UACAGUUAUUUUUUUCUAAAAUUUACGGCGCUGAUGCCUUUUUGACUUGCACCUCCGGCACAUCUAAAACAGAUUUUGACGCGAGGACAGCUUUUGGCCGAAGUGCAAGCCCUGGAACGACCUGCCAUAACCUGACGCGUCAAAUUUGAAAAUUUUUAAGUGGUGUUUGGAAUGUAAUUUGAAUUUAUUAACUAUUACACGGCACGUGACAACGUCGAUUCAACUUUUAGUUGAUGCAGUUUCCUGCUUGUCAUUUUGUGUCUUUGUUCGUGUAGUUUGAUGAUUGAAUUUUAUGACAAUGAAUGUAAGAAUCAUGAACAAUAGACAACAACACGAACCUUUUAGGGAAUCUCUUUGUUGUGAAAUAAAAUAGGAUGUCAAGUAAGGAGACUGUCCUCACCAGUUGAAAAUCAUGCCACUGUUCUAAAAAAAUUACACUGCUACUUUGCUCAAUUUUGGCUUCAACUGAACUUAAUUGCUUCACUGUAACGCGGAAUUGUAAGAAAUAGUAAAGCUAAAUUUUAUAAGAGAUAAGAGGCGCCAAAGAGCUAGCAAACGCAACCGAAAAAGUGCGUGCAGUUUAUAAACACCAAGCUAGCUAAUGAUUGUUUCAAUUUUUUUAGUUAUAAAUUCUAUAAAUCGAAAAUAAUUAUCAGCCUUAUAUUCACAAGAAAAUCAAGGAACAUAUGGGAGUAAAAAUCAGAAAGAUAUAAAUUUCAGUGUUGUAUUUCAGGAGAACAAAAUAAGCUUGCUGUUCGUUCAGGCACAGUUUCAUAUAAAUCAGUCCAAAAACAUUGUGAACACGCGGCCUUGGACUUUCCCGCUCGCACGACGCAUUUCCGUCCAUCCUCCCAUAUUUCCCGGCUUCGUCAUUUGCAUCAAACUAUUGGCAAAACCAUAUUCUGCAUUUCAACUUGGGAUAUUCGAGAAGCGAAAUGUUAAAACGGAUUGCGCUAACGCUUGCCUGCGUAGCUGCGAUCUUGGCAGUCUAUCAGUGCGCGGUGGUAACAAAAAGCAGGACAAGCACCAAAUGCUCAGUCAAUGAGAAUUUCAGGCUGCUCGAAAAUUGCUGCAAUUCUUCACCAGGGGACAUUGUUGGGUUCAAAGAGCUGAGAGGGUGCAACAGCAUGCGGGGCAGGUCCAAUUUCAAAAUCAUGAACUCGUUCGAGAUCAACAAAGCUGACACCGGCAACAGAAGCUUCAAUCUGGACACCAAGAGAGGACGAAUGCGACUUGACACGGGACCGAUCUGCUACGCGGAGUGUGCUUUCAAGAACCUCAGUUUGCUUAGCAGUGAUACCGAGAUGGACUACACGGCGAUAGAGACGUACUUCACGAAAAAGGUGAGCGGCAUCAAGGACUGGACCGCAACCAUCGCAACGGCAUACACGGAGUGCCAAACCUUCACGUCAGCGGUGGAGAACAAAACCAUCACCACAAGCAACUUCCGCAAAUGCUUGGUUCUGCCGGCCAUCUACAUGCAGUGUCUCGUCAGCAAGAUCCUUACCGGCUGUCCCUCUGGAAAAUUCAAAACAAGCAAGGCGUGCAAGAAUAGAUUAGCAAACUUCAACAACUGCAAUUAUUUCAACUCCACCAGUGAUUAAACUCUCAAAUAUGAGUUUCUUUAUAUUUUUUUACUUUCUGGCUUUGUAACAAAUUUUUUCCUUUUGAAUGUGGCAAAAGCAUUAUAAAUAAAAUAGAUAAUCAAA